GGUUGAAAGAAAGAGGGGAAGGGAAGGGAGGUUGGCACCGAAAGUAAAUUGAAAAUGAUUUGCCAAGAUGUGUGUGUGUGUGUGUGCGUGUAUGGAUAUGUGUGUGCUACAAAUUCAGUGCGGGUGUGUCUGCUGCAUUAACCCUAAUAUCUUUCAGUCAAUCACCUCACGGCUGUACGUGGGGGUGUAUAGUCUUUAUUGCCUAUGCAUUUGUGUAUGUGUUCAGUACAGUAUGUGGGAGUUGGCUUAAUUGUUGUUAUUAUUCAUGCAACUCCAUAACCACCCCCCCAUCUCUGUAUGCUAUUUACACACUCCCCCUCAAUUACUAUAUGUCUCCCUCACUCUUUCCGUCCUCCUCUGCGCUGCUAUUUUCUUACCUCUCAUUGUUCCUUUGCAGCCUGUAGCCUAAAUAAUACCUAUUUCAUCUUCUGUCCCUUUCCUCUGUUUUUUUUUUCUUUUUCUUUCUUUGCCCUUCUCUCACUCCCCCUCUCUCACUUGUUUUUGUUUGCCUUCCUCAACUCAUUGGCACUGCUCCCCUCACUCUAUUACACUCUAACUAGAUUCCACCACAGGCACAUUCCCCUUCUCCUUUUCCUUCCUCUAGUUUUCAAUCUCUCCUUCUCUCCUCUGUCUUUUUCAAUCUCUCCUUCUCUCCUCUGUCUUUUUCAAUCUCUCCUUCUCUCCUCUGUCUUUUUGUCAGCCACCCCCCCUCCCCCCUGUUUUGUCGUCCAUCAAGCUGUCUUUCUUCAUGCCUGUUUUCCUGUCUUUCUCCCGUUUUUUUUUUUUCCCUCCUCAGGCACCUCCUUUCUGUGCACGCUGCAGCUCAGCUCCCCCCGAUCUCCUCGUCCGUCGCCAUGGCAGUGUUACCCGCCCUCUCUCUCCUGCUGGUCCUGACCGAGUGGGUGGGGUCGGUAGGCUCCUCCCCUCACCUUCUGCUGCGGCCUCGCGAGCGGGAGCGGGAGCGAGACCAGGCCGUGACGAUGAACUUCAACAUUGCUGUGAUCCACGCUGGUGCCAGCGCCCACGCGGAGGCCGUGGCGUCCGGGGCCGGGGGCCGGGUCCUCUACCCGGGGUUCGGCCGCGUCUACAGCAGCCUGGGGGAGAGCGUUGUCACACAGUGGGGCUCUGCCAAUGUCAUUUGGCUCCAGGUGAACGACAGCAGUCCCAGGACCCUGCUCUCUCAGCUGUGCGACCUGCUGGCGGCGAGGCCUCUGCAGGGGCUGGUCUACGAGGAGGAGAGGCCGCCGCCCCUCGCCUGGGGGCCCCUGGCCCCGAUGCUGGAGUUCGUCUCGGCCCAGACCGGGCUGCCCAUCGUGGCCGUGGGCGGCGGAGCGGGGCUGGGUAGAGUUCCACAGGAGGUGGGGUCCAUAUUCCUUCAGUUCAGUGCCUCUACAGCCCUCCAACUUGAGGUGAUCUUCGAGGUGCUGGAGGAGUACGAUUGGACGGCCUUCUCAGUAGUGGCCACACGUCACCAUGGUUACCAGGACUUCCUGUCUGUGGUGGAAGGCUUGACUGACGGCUCGUUCAUCGGCUGGGAGAAGAAGAGUGUGGUCAUGCUGAACCUGACCGACGACCCAGGGGGGGCGCGGACACGCAGGCUGCUCAAAGAGAAUGAUGCACAGGUGCGGUUGUUGUACUGCUCCCAGGAAGAGGCUGACCUGGUGUUCCGUUCGGCCUGGGCAGCAGGUCAGGCUGGUGCCUCUCACAUGUGGUUUGCCGUGGGGCCUGCUCUGUCAGGGCUUAGCCUGGAGGGUCUCCCCAAGAGGCUGUUCGCUGUGCGUCCGCAGGGCUGGAGGGACGAGCCCCGCAAGCGGAUCGCACAGGGUGUAUCCGUGUUGACCCACGGAGCUGUGGCGUUACGCAAAGACACCGGAGGGACAAACUUUGUCACCAACUGCCAGACAGACGCCAACGGCACACAGAGAGUGCACGGGAGGAUAAAAUACUUCAACAAUAUCACCCUUGCCGGGCGGGAUUACUCCUUCAACAGUGAGGGCUACCUGGCCAAUCCAUCUCUCGAUGUCAUUUCCUACAUGCCGGACAGAGGCUGGGAGGACGUAGGAUCAUGGGAGAAUGGAGCGCUGCGGUUGCGGUACCACACCUUGUCCCGCUAUGGUCAGUUUCUGCAGCCCCCCGAUGACGCCCAGCACUUGCACGUGGUCACUCUGGAGGAGCGUCCGUUUGUCAUCGUGGAGCUGGCCGACGCCGCCUCGGGCUCCUGCAUUCGAGAUUCCGUCCCGUGCCGACGGUCCCUCAAUACCAGUACCCUCCAGGAGGGGGUGGCCCCUGUAAAGCAAUGCUGCAAGGGCUUCUGCAUCGAUAUCCUCAAGCGCUUGGCCAGGAUUGUGGGCUUCACCUAUGAUCUCUACCUGGUCACGAAUGGCAAGCAUGGGAAGAAGAUUGAUGGUGUCUGGAACGGCAUGGUGGGAGAGGUGGUGUAUAAGCGUGCUGAUAUGGCCAUCGGCUCUCUCACCAUCAACGAGGAGAGAUCAGAGGUGGUGGACUUCUCAGUACCUUUUGUGGAGACUGGCAUCAGUGUCAUGAUCCCCCGUAGCAACGGCACGGUUUCCCCUUCUGCCUUCCUUGAGCCUUACAGUCCAGCUGUGUGGGUGAUGAUGUUUGUCAUGUGCCUGACGGUAGUUGCGGUGACCGUCUUCAUCUUUGAGUUCCUCAGCCCAGUCGGCUACAACCGCAGCCUUCAGAGUGCCAAAAAACCUGGAGGUUCUAAGUUCACCAUAGGGAAGUCCGUCUGGCUUCUUUGGGCCAUUGUCUUCAACAACUCUGUGCCUGUGGAGAACCCCAAGGGCACCACCAGUAAGAUCAUGGUACUGGUCUGGGCCUUCUUUGCGGUAAUCUUCCUGGCCAGCUACACUGCCAACCUGGCUGCCUUCAUGAUCCAAGAAGAGUACAUUGAUACAGUGUCUGGCCUUAGCGACAGGAAGUUCCAACACCCCACAGAGCAGUACCCCCCUCUGCAAUUUGGGACGGUUCCUAACGGCAGUACGGAGAAGAACAUCCGCAGUAAUUAUCCAGACAUGCACCAGUACAUGGUUAAAUAUAACCAGAAGGGCGUGGAGGAGGCUAUCGUCAACCUCAAGUCUGGGAAGCUGGACGCGUUCAUCUACGACGCGGCCGUGCUCAACUACAUGGCCAGGAAGGACGAGGGCUGCAAGGUGAUGACCAUCGGGUCGGGGAAGGUCUUCGCCACCACGGGUUACGGCAUCGCCCUGAUCAAGAACUCCCGCUGGAAGAGACCUGUGGACCUGGCCCUGCUGCAGCUGGUGGGAGACGAUGAGAUUGAGAUGCUGGAGCGCCUCUGGCUCUCGGGCAUCUGCCACAACGACAAGAUAGAGGUGAUGAGCUCCAAGCUGGACAUCGACAACAUGGCGGGCGUCUUCUACAUGCUGCUGGUGGCCAUGGGCAUGAGCCUGCUGGUGUUCGCGUGGGAGCACCUGGUCUACUGGAAGCUGCGCCACUGCAUGAGCGGCAUGGGUGAAUCGGGCAAGCUGGAUUUCCUCCUGGCCGUCAGCAGGGGCAUGUACAGCUGCUGCAGCUUUGUGGAUGAGACCGUACAGUGCGGAUCUAAAGUCCCAGUCCCCAUCCAUCAUAACCCCUCUGUGGUACAGGUCCAGCCUCCUUCCCACAUCAUCCCUGCAGCAGUUGCUAACCCGGCCAUCGCCAUGGCCCAGCAGCAGCAGCCCCCUCAACAGCAGCAGCCACAGCAGCCUCCACCAUCGUAUAAAACUCCCCUUCCCGGCUCCCCUCCCACUGGGGUACACUCCGGGGCUGGCAUGGGACCCUCCAACCCUCCCCUCAUGGGUGCCCCUCUGCCCUGCUCCACCUUCCUGCCACGGCCCGACCGCCGGCUGGCUGUGGUGGACCGGUGGAGGCUUCCUAAAACUUCAACCGCUCCUGCCCCCCUGGGGGUGAGAGGAGGCAUGACCGAGAUGACGUCCUACCCCCAGAAAGUGCCCACAGCUUGGACAGGAGGUCCAGGAGGAGCAGGAGGAGCAGCGGGAUCAGGGCUGGAUGGAUAUAAGCGCUACUACGGACCCAUUGACCCUGAGGGACUGGGGCCCUGUGUGGAACAGCAGACAGGCUCCCAGACCCCCAAAACAAUCCCCAGGGGCCACCCCCAGCCACCCCCAGCCACGGUGGCUUACUACCAGGAGAAGAGCAUGGACCAUGGGGUGGGGAAGAAGGUGGUGGUGAGUGGCGGCGGAGGGGGUCAGGGGAAGGGGGUGAAAACUUUGGGAACCCCCCGGCUGCCUAACAAGAGCCAGGCCCUCGGCCCACUGGCCCCUAACCCUCCACUGCCGCACCCAUCUCCCCCUCUCCCCUCAUCCUUCUGGAGGAAGCGGCGGCCCAAGAAGCCCAAAGAGCCGGGGGGCCCCCUGUACGAGAACAUCCUGCCCCUGGGCCGUCGGGGCGGGAGCCGGGACGGGGCGAGGGAACCGGGGGGCAGGCGGGUUCGGCCUUCGCCCCCUCUCCCAAUCCCUGUGCCUGUUCCAGUGUCCCCUACAUACACCCCUCCCUCGCCCUCUGCAUCCCUCCCUUACACCUCCACCUCGUCUUCCUCCUCCACUUCCACCACGUCCUCCACCACCUCUGCCUCCUCCUCCCGCUCCACCUCUCCGUCGUCCACCUCCACCACGUCAUCGCAGAGCACCAGGGACCGAGAUUUGGAAGACGAAGAGGAGGAGGAUCUGGACGAGCUGACGGAAGAGUCCAGCCUCCUGCAGGUACACACGGCGAAGCGAGACCGAGAGCGGUCUCCCCGCUCUCUCACUCACGGACCGCCGGCGCCCCCUGUGCCCCCUCGCAAGCCUCGGGCACCCAAGGGAGAGAGGGAGCGCGAGAGGGAGCGAGAGAGGGAGAGGGAGAGGGGUGGCAGCCAGCUGGCACAGCUGCAGGAGUGGUGGGCUGGCUGGGGCGAGAGAGAGCGGGACAGAAGCGGCGACACGGAUGAGCGGAGGCGAGAGAAGAAGCGAAGGAAAGAGAGGGAAAAGGAGAGGGAGAAGAAGAAAAAGAAGAAAAAGAACAAGAAGAGGAAAAAGAGGGAAGAGAGAGAGCGGGAGCGGGAGAAGGAGAGGAAGCGUCGCAAGGAGAAGAAGAAGAAGAAGAAAGCCACGAAGACAAAGAGGAGGAAGAAAUCCAUCGCCAGCAAGCGCUCUGAGCCAGAGGAGGGAGAUGCGGAGGGAGAGAGAGAGGGAGAGGGGGAUGGAGACCGAGAGGGCGAGUACUCCUCCUUCUCUACUCAGUACCACAGCACAUUCGGGGAGAAGAGCCGAGAUUCAGUAUGGGAGGGAGAGAGGGAACGAGGGGGGAGGAGAGAGGGUGGAGAGGAGGAGGGAGGUGACAGAGGAGAUGAAAGUGGAGGCAGGAGCAGAGAGAGGAGAACCAAGAGCUCACACUCGCACUCCAGGCCGCGCUCGUCCAGCAAGCGCUACGCUAACCUCAACAAGCUGCCCGCCUCUGUCAAGUUCUGGGUGAGCGGGGGAGGGACGACCGCCCCAGACCCAGGCACUGGAUCGCCGCCCUCUUCCCUCCACACGCUCUUCCCCUCCGCCAAGCGCCGGCGGAGCGGAGGCCCGGAGAGGGAAGGCGAGGCCCGGGCAGGGGAGCGGCGGCCGCUGCUGAUGCACUACGAGCGGGGCAGGGCACACACCAGAGAGGGCCUCUCCUUCCAUGAGUGGGACUCAGAGGAGGAGGUAGAGGAGGAGGAGGAGGAAGAGGAUGAUGAUGAGGAGGAAGAGCAGAGGGAGAGGACAAGGCAGAGAGUGGAUGGGAGGGUGAGGGGCACAGGGAGAGGGGCGGUGUCGGAGUCAGAGAGGGACAGAGUUAGGGCUGAGGAGAGCUAUUCUGACGAGGGCUCUUCGGGGGAGUUUGGCCACUUCGAGAGGUACUGGGAGGGCGGUGGAGUGGCGGGCAAUAGUGGCAUUGGGGGAGGGGGCUGGUUCUUUGGGACAUACCCAUCCAGGGAGAAAGGCGGAAGCAUCAACAGUCGGGAUGACUCCAUCCUGGGCAGGUCAGAAGGGUGGGGGGUGAGUGGAGACGUCUGGGGUUCAGGUGCAGGGGUGGGGUGGGGGUCUGGUGGCGGGAGUGGAGGCCUGGGUGCUCAGUGGCCCCCUCCCCCAGCAGCUCUCCCACCCCCUAGGCGCUACUGGUCGGUGGAUAAGCUGCCCAUGAAGGGCGAGAAGAGGGCCCGUGGGAAGGGUAAGGGCCGUGCUCGGGACCGGGGCCGGCAGCUGGAUGGUGGAGCCUGUGUCCAGUGCACCCCGCACCCCCACGGCCGGUCGCACUCUCGCUCCAAACGUGGCAGCGUCCCCUCCCACAGCCAGGAGGAGCUACUGCCCCACUGCCACAGCUUCAGUGGGGGCAUGCGCCCCAAACCCUUACCCCCCGCCCCGGAUGCUCCCAAAUCCAGCAGCCAGUCCAACCUUAGCACACAGCAAGCCCAGCUAGGGGGGGAGCACCCCUCGCAACCGUCCCCCUCGCCCCCGCAGCCCCUGCUCUCCCCCAGCGGCAGCGCCUCCCUGCCCAUGCCCAUCCCCCCGCCUCCCUCGUCCACCUCUGUGUCCCCGCCAGCGGUGCUCUCUCCCGGGCCAGGCUCGGGGGCCCAGGCCUCGGCCAGCGCCAAGCUCCAGUAUCAGAGACUGCGCUCGGUGCCCCAGCCCCGCCGCUUCUACUCGCCGCACCUCCCUCUCAAAGCCAAGAGCCUGUGCUCGCGUCGCGGCUCCGCACACUUCUCCAGCCUGGAGAGUGAGGUAUGACAGGGGGGGAGCGAGCGAGAGGGGGCCGGUGCUCCCCCGGGACGGCUGCAAGUGCGUGUGCGCUCGGUGGUCCGCCGCUGCUGGAGCGUCACACACAUCCACACGCGCCUUGAGGAUGAGCGUUACUACAGCGACUGCGCCGGGGCCGGGGCGGGGGCCGGCUCCUCGGCUGGCUCCACGGCCUCCGUCGCCUGGGAGAGCCCAGCCAUCCUGCACGUCCGGUCGGAAUUGAGCAUCACGAUGUCAUCCUCCGUCCUCCUCUCCUCCAGCGAGAACAGUGGCUAGCCGGGUUGCGGAGCCCGUGAGUAGUGAUGUCAUGUUUACACACACACACACACACACACACACACACACACACACACACACACACACAAGCUCCCUCACACGCAAACAAGCCAAACAUCUGUGUUCACUAACGUGCGACGCUGUGCACACCUAACGGUGGAGAGAGACUGGAGAGUGUGCCAUUGGUGGUGGUCAACUCUGAACUAAAGAGGGCUGUCAUUACGCAACAUCAUGACCUCCCUCUGAUCCUUUGCUGGUCUAGAGAAUGGCAUCCUCUACAUGACAUCUACCAGUUUCAAUAGAGAGCCGCCAAUCCUGUUUGUUUUCAAAUUUUCGUACAUAGACGAGCCAGUAACCUCACUUCCUGUUUGCAACCAUUUGCCCCUUUCCCCAAAGGCCACAAUGGAAAGCGAUGUCCUCUCGAACAAUGACCUUUGACUGCACAACGUCACAACUAACGGGCUCUUUUCUGUAGACUCAUGUAGAUUUCAUAAGGAGAUAUUUCAUUCACCUCAAUGGAGCUUCUCAUCUCUGCCUCCCAAAACUGCAAAAAGGAUGCCUCCAUGUCACAGUGACUUCAAACACAGAUGUCACUGCAUUCUAAAGAGACAGACAUUAAAAAAAAGAAAAACAAUAAGAACAACAAAAAAGAAA